GCUUAAUUGAAACAUUAUACACCUCAAUCUCAUUUCUUACAUUUAUCAAUAAAAUUUACUUUCACCUUACCUCAUAUAUUUUAUUCUAAAUCUUAUCACUCCUAAUAAAUCCAAAAGACCAUCUAAACUUCCUUACUAACCAAUACCCUACCUCAUAUAAAAAUCUAACCACCACUUCAUAAAACAUUUUUUUCCUUUAAAUAAAAAAAAGGAAAGGGGAAAAAAAGAGCCCAAAAUUUUUAUUUUUUUUUAAAAAAUCUUGAAUUUGGAUCAGGGCAUUCAACAAGAAGCAGGAGGGAGUUGAAGGAGAAAGUGAUAAGGAAAUGGCAAUGGUUUCUAACACUAACCCAUUCUUAAAGUCACAGAUGCAUCAAAUAUACUGCAGAAAGAAGGAGAAAGAAAAGAGUCAAAAUCCCCAACCUUAUAAAGUGAUUGAAAUUUCACCCCCUCCCAAGAACCUUGGCAUUCGUUGCCUCCCCUCUGAUUGCAAUUUGAGGAAAGCACACAAACACAACAGAGGGAGGAAACAGAGAAAGCACUAUAUCGUAGUAGAGUCAAAUGAAACUUGCAGUGUGGAGAGUGUGUAACCAUUGAAGGCCGAGCUUAUACCAUUUCAGCUGUAACUCAUCGUUAUCAGCUUCGGAAAGGGAAAUACGAGCCUAGCGAGAAGAGGCUUGACGUGUUGUCUACUGGAAGAUACAUCUUAAAUUUGUACUUAGAAAAUUUGCUAGAACAAUCUUGACUAUGAUGUAAACUAGUACUAUUUUUUCUCCCUUCAUCUUUAUGUAUACAGUAUGAAAUACAACUUAAUUGAA